AUGCCUGUACAGAGCAGAAAGAUUGGUUCGAGUUGUGCACUGGGUUUAUUUAUUGGAUUUCAGGAUUACAUUAUAUCAUGUGUCAAAAGGGUGUCAGGCUUGCAUUUUGUGCACUGCAUCCGUCCACUCUCUGUUGCUGGUGCGCAUAUGCAUCCGGAUGAACUUCUUGACCUACAUUACGUUCGAAAUCAGUUGUGCUCCAUCUCACUUGUCAAUUCAGCUCGUGCUCUAAACCAAGGUGUGCAUUUGCUGAAUGUACUUAUUGAGUGA